AUGGACAUAGUGGAGCGAUUCGGUGUUGAGUUUGUGACCUACCAGUUUCAAGGGGAUGCCAAAAUGUGGUGGCGGUCUCAUGUGGAGUGUCGACCAGCAAAGGCACCACCUAUGACUUGGACAAUAUUUUCUAGCUUAUUUAUGGAGAAGUACAUACCUCGGACUUUGAGGGACAGAAGGAGAGAUGAGUUCCUGAACAUAGAGCAAGGAAGGAUGUCUGUUGCAGCUUAUGAGGCUAAAUUUCGUGCGUUAUCCAGGUAUGCCACUCAGCUUUGCCUCAGUCCGCAAGUGCGGAUUCGCCGCUUUGUAAAGGGAUUGAGGUCAGAUUUGCAGAUCCCAGCUUUACAAGUAGCUGCUUCUGCAAAAUCCUUUCAGGAAGUGAUUGAUUUUGUGAUAGAGGUAGAGGGGGUGAAGCCGGAUGACUUCACCAAGGUGUCAACAUUUAAAAAGUUUCGUAAGGGAGGUGAGUUUAGUGGUUCGUACUCCAGAGGGCAGAGUUCAGGGGGCUAUCCACCCUGUCUUAUUCAGUCUUCAUUGCAGGCUUCAGUUGAGGGUCCGUUGCGAACCAGUCAACCUUUUUCUGAGUUUGGGGGUUACCUCCAGUCUUCUUCGUCUUCACAGAGACCUACACUCGACUCUAGGACUUGUUAUGGAUGUGGAGAGGUCGGACAUAUCAAGAAAUAUUGUCCAAAACAGAGUCAGGCUCGGUACGAUCAGAGUUACAGAUCCCCAGCAGUUAGAGGUAAUGGUGGUCACCAGUUCAAUCGGGGUGGCGAGCAGGUUGGAACUACUAGAGCGCAGCCUGGUAGAGGCAAUGGACAGACAGGUGAUAGGGCCCAUUGUUAUGCUUUCCCCGGGAGGUCAGAGGCAGAGACAUCUGAUGCUGUUAUCACAGGUACUCUUCUGGUCUGUGAUCGCAUGGCUUCUAUAUUGUUUGAUCCUGGAUCCACAUUUUCUUAUGUAUCUUCCUCGUUCGCUACUGGUCUUGAUUUGCAUUGUGAUUUGCUUGACAUGCCUAUUCGUGUCUCUACUCCUGUUGGUGAGUCUGUGAUAGUGGAAAGGGUGUAUAGGUCUUGCCUUGUGACUUUUGUGGGGGGCGAGACUUAUGUAGAUCUGAUUAUUCUAGAGAUGGUUGAUUUUGAUGUAAUUUUGGGUAUGACUUGGCUUUCUCCAAAUUUUGCUAUCUUAGAUUGUAAUGCUAAGACUGUGACCUUGGCCAAGCCUGGGAUAGAUCCAUUAGUGUGGGAGGGUGACUAUAUUCCCGCCCCAGUUCGUAUUAUCUCUUGUCUUCGUGCUAAGAGGUUGGUUAGUAAGGGUUGUUUAGCCUUCUUGGCACAUCUCAGGGAUGAUACUUCCAAAGUGCCUUCAAUCGAAUCUGUUUCUAUAGUCCGUGAGUUUACAGAUGUUUUUCCUUCCGACCUACCUGGUAUGCCACUAGAUAGAGAUAUUGAUUUUUGUAUUGACUUGGAGCCGGGGACUCGCCCCAUUUCUAUUCCACCUUAUAGAAUGGCCCCAGCUGAGUUAGGGGAGUUAAAGGCCCAACUUCAGGAAUUGUUAGGUAAAGGUUUUAUUAGACCGAGUACAUCUCCUUGGGGUGCUCCAGUUUUAUUUGUGAAGAAGAAGGAUGGUAGUUUUCGGAUGUGCAUAGACUACAGGCAGCUGAAUAAGGUAACUAUUAAGAACAAGUACCCCAUUCCUCGCAUUGAUGACUUGUUCGAUCAGUUACAGGGUGCUUGUGUCUUCUCUAAAAUUGAUUUGAGGUCAGGUUAUCAUCAAUUGAAAAUGCGGGCAACAGACGUGCCAAAGACUGCUUUUCGAACCAGGUAUGGGCAUUAUGAAUUCUUAGUAAUGUCCUUUGGGCUUACGAAUGCCCCUGCUGCUUUCAUGAGCCUAAUGAACGGAAUUUUUAAGCCAUAUUUAGACCUCUUUGUUAUUGUAUUCAUUGAUGAUAUCCUGAUAUACUCGAAGAGCAGGAAGGAACAUGAGGAGCAUUUGAGAAUUGUAUUGGGGUUGUUGCGGGAGAAAAAGCUUUAUGCCAAAUUCUCCAAAUGUGAGUUUUGGCUCGAUUCAAUGUCCUUCUUGGGGCACGUGGUUUCUAAGGAUGGAGUGAUGGUGGAUCCCUCUAAGAUUGAAGUAGUGAAGAGUUGGGUAAAGCCUACUAAUGUUUCAGAGGUAAGGAGCUUUGUUGGUUUAGCUAGCUACUAUCGCCGAUUCGUACAGGGAUUCUCUUUCAUUGCUUCCCAAUUGACCAAUUUGACCAAGCAGAAUGUUCCAUUUGUAUGGUCAAAUGAGUGUGAAGAAAGCUUCCUGAAACUCAAGACCUUGUUGACUACUGCACCGAUUCUUGCCUUGCCCGUGGAAGGUAAGAAUUUCAUUGUUUAUUGUGAUGCAUCUUAUUCUGGUUUGGGUGCAGUGCUAAUGCAGGAGAGGAAUGUAAUUGCCUAUGCUUCAAGGCAAUUAAAAGUGCAUGAACGUAACUAUCCAACCCAUGAUUUGGAGUUGGAAGCAGUGGAGGCAUUAUCUAUAUGGGGUCAAGUGUGA